AUGGACCACAGUGUGGAGGGAGCUGCAGUCAGCCCUGAGGUGCCCCAGGAACUUCUGGAAGAAAUGAUUUGGGUUUUUCGUGCAGAAGAUGCGGCUCCUUGGAAUUACUCCAUCCUGGUUCUGGCAGUCCUGGUGGCGGUGAUAAGCUUGUUCCUCCUGAGAAGGAGCAUCCUGGCAAACAGAAAUCGAAAGAAGCAGCCACAAGACAAAGAGACACCAGAAGCCCUGCACCUAGAUGAUUACAGAAUGAAAGAAAACAGCAGCCUGAGCAACCUAAGAGAGACACUGAUCUCAGAGAAGCCAGACUUGCCCCCAGGGGAUACUGAGCUGAAUGAGAAAGAUGCCCGAAGGGUCUUUCUGCCAGACCCACAGGAAACCGAGAGCUAG